AUGGAGUCAAACGCACAAUCUGGGGGUCAGCGCGGUGGAGGUGGAGGUAGAGGGCGGGGGCGGGGAGGUUUUGGCAGAGGUGGUCGAGGGAAUUCUAGAGGUGGUUCCAGAGGAGGUAGAAAAGAAGAAACAGGUCGCAAUGAAUACAAUCGCCAAGGACCAAAAAGAGAUCGAAAUGACGACAACGACCAAGCAUUGAAACGCAGAAAGACAGUGCCCAAUGGGGAAUCCGAGCCAACAGCAUUCAGUACAGAGUUCUCCAAGGAGGAACUUGAAAAUGAAGUACGAAAACCGAAACACAAAGUCGCCGUAAUGAUUGGCUAUGCAGGAACUGGAUACAAAGGCUUGCAGAUCAAUACCACGGAGAAGACAAUUGAAGGUGAUAUGUUCAAGGCUUUUGUUGCAGCUGGUGCGAUUUCGAAAGCCAAUGCAAACGAUCCUAAGAAGUCGGCCUUGGUACGAUGUGCGCGAACCGACAAAGGUGUUCAUGCAGCUGGCAACGUUCUGUCCUUAAAGCUCAUCGUCGAAGACCCGAAUAUCGUUGAGACUAUCAAUUCACAUUUGCCAGAUCAAAUUCGAGUCUGGGGUAUCGAGAGAACUACAGGAUCCUUCAAUUGCUAUCAAAUGUGCGACUCGCGCUGGUAUGAAUACUUAAUUCCAACUUACUCAUUCAUCCCACCUCAUCCUAAGAGCUACCUUGGUAAGGAAUUGCUUCAAUCAGCCGAGAAGGAAGGUGUUUUGGAAAAGUUCAACAAACUUCAAGAAGAUGCUGUAUCAUUCUGGGCAAAUGCUGAGAAGGAAUUCGUACAACCUAUACUUGACAGCUUGGACCCGCAAUUGGCAGCAGAUGUUAUGGAAGUUAUUCAUGCUGCGGAGGAAUCUAAUGAGCCGAUAGGAAAGAACAUGAAGAAGAACAAGUCAGAAAUCAUGGAAGAGGUCGAAGCCAAGGAAAUCCCCACUGCAAAUAACGAAGCAGGACCUCAAGGCGAUUUAGUAUCUCAAGAGGAACCUGUAGCUGAAGCUAAAGUCGAUGCGAACGGAGAUGGAGAGAUGAGGCAAGAAUCAGAAGUCACAGCGCAGGUGAUGAAAGAGGCGCAAGAAGCUAUGCAAGGCAUCCAAACCACCGAUGAAACACAAGUGAAAGACGAAACUUUACCGAAUGAAGAGAUUAAGCCGGAAGCAGACGAUGUCCAGGAAAAGUCGAAAUCCAUUCUCACACCUCUUGAGAGGGCCGUCAAGGAAGUCAAGGCAGCAUAUAUCAAAGCCAAGAAAGCAUACCGCAUACACGAAUCACGCAGACAAAGGGUACAAGAAGGACUGGACCAAUAUGUCGGCACCUAUAAUUAUCACAACUACACCAUCCUCAAAAACUAUAAUGAUCCCUCUUCUAAACGACACAUCAAAUCCUUUCAAAUCGGGCCCAAGCCUAUCAUUAUCCACAAUACCGAAUGGCUCUCACUAAAGGUUCAUGGUCAAUCAUUUAUGAUGCAUCAAAUCCGAAAAAUGGUAGCCAUGGUAGCAUUAGUGGUACGAUGUGCUUCGCCAAUAGAGCUCAUCAAGGAGUCUUAUACUGCUGCCAAUAUUAGCAUACCAAAAGCCCCCAGUUUGGGAUUGCUGUUAGAAGCCCCAGUCUUCAAUAACUACAAUGAGAAGCUGUCCAAGGAAUCCGAGAGGGAAAAAUUAGACUUCGAAAAGUAUAGGGAGAAGAUGGAUGAGUUUAAGCAAAGAGAAAUCUAUGAUAGAAUCUUCAGGGUGGAGAAUGCUGAGAAUCAAUUUCACACAUUCUUCCACCAUUUAGAUCAUCAUCGAAGUGAUUACUUUUUGUGGCUUACAGCUACGGGAAUAUCUGCUGCGAGACAGCGUAGGGCAGGCAAGGAUUAUUCGGAUGUUAGUGAUGAUGAGGCUGACGUGAAUGGUGAGGAGGAUUGA